AUGGACCGACUCAUUAAACAUCGCGAAGAAACAACGCGCGACGAGCAAGCUGGCUUUCGUCCUGGCCGAUCUACGAUUGACCAGGUGUUCAUCGUCAGAAGAGUGAUCGAAAUCUGGCAGCGGUGUUCGAAGCCAAUGCAAUUAGCGUUUCUGGACUUUGGGAAGACAGUAGACCAGUGUCCUGCCGAUAUCAUUCUAUCACCAUCAGGAUGCCCUUUGACCGAUCUCGGGCACGAUGACAAUGUUGUUAUAUUCGCAGGAAGCACUACGAAACUUCUACAUGUUGUCAACCUUGUAUCGAAGCUGGCUGCAGCCUAUGGACUACGUCUAGGCCUGGUAAAUGCAAGCAGAUGUGGAUCUGUUCGAGACCUCGAACGGGAAUCAGGGGUAUGCCACAAUGAAGAUAUUUGUGCGGUAAUUGAUGUGGUAUAUCGUUGGAUGACACGUGGAAGAUAUCAACAUCUUGCACCGCCAUCGAAAGUGGCUAAAGUAAAUCGUCUUCGCUUCUUUGGUCAUAUAUUAAGGAGACCGGCAGACUGCCUUGUUCAACGAGUUCUGAGGACACUCGGCAUGGACAGGCAGUUCAGGCGAGAAGCAAGGUUUCGCAGAUUAUGGAAUAGCGACGAAUGA